ACACGACGUCGUUGCACUCCAUCCGUGGUCUACUAAUAUAUCAACACUCUUAAACCCUGUGGUUUGUGGAAAUAGCAUAAACCAAAACCCUAGCAGCAGCCACUUCGCAUUGCAUCCAACAUCCAGCACAAUGACGGCAGGAGAAGAAGCAGUGAACCCAAAAGCAUAUCCAUUGGCAGAUGCACAGCUCACAAUAACAAUACUUGACCUUGUUCAACAAGCUGCUAAUUACAAGCAGCUCAAAAAGGGUGCUAAUGAAGCAACUAAAACCCUGAACAGAGGAAUUUCUGAGUUUGUGGUCAUGGCAGCCGACACUGAGCCCCUUGAAAUUCUUCUUCAUCUUCCUCUCCUUGCCGAAGAUAAGAAUGUGCCUUAUGUAUUUGUACCAUCAAAGCAAGCACUUGGGCGAGCUUGUGGAGUCACAAGACCUGUAAUUUCAUGUUCUGUGACGAGCAACGAGGGAAGCCAACUUAAAUCCCAAAUACAACAACUUAAGGAUGCCAUCGAGAAGCUCCUAAUCUAAGAAACUGGUUGGGAGAAUAUCCAAUGUAAGGAAAGGCUUGAUUUGCUGAAGUCAUUCCAUUGGUUUUAGUUGAGGAAAUUUCACUUUUGCCAGUGACGGUUUUAGUUGUUUUCGCCUUUCUAUUUUAAUUUUUUUUGCUGGAAUGAUGCUCUGUUAUUGUCUGGUACAAGGAUCUAUCACAUGCUGAUAUAAUUUAUGCUUUCAUGCUUUUGCCUCCGAUCCUAAUGAUGAAGUUAUUUCAUGAUGUUA